AUGUCUACCUUGCACUCCCUCGAGAUACAAGGGAUACGAUGCUUCUCCCCGAAUAAUACACAAAAAAUACAAUUUGAAAAACCACUAACACUAAUCGUAGGACCAAAUGGAGCUGGGAAGACGACCAUCGUAGAAUGUCUCAAAAUGGGACUUAGUGGCAUACUGCCGCCAAACUCCGAUCGGGGCAAGUCAUUCGUCCAUGAUUGCAAACUCUCCCAAGAACGAGAAGUUAGGGCACAGAUAACAUUAGCAGUAGAAACAUAUAAAAAGGAAAUGGUAUAUGCCACCAGAAAGUAUAGCAUCACUCGUGACAAAAAUAUACCUAAUAAAGCCACAUUCAAGGCUGGAGAAACCAUUAUGACAGUAAAACCGCCCGUUGGAGAGCAACGAACUGUUAGCAUGAAAUGUUCAGAUAUGGAUUCUUCAAUGCCAGCAAUGAUGGGAUUGUCUAAGGCAAUCAUAGAUAGCGUUAUAUUGUGUCAUCAAGAUGAAAGCAACUGGGCACUGGAUGAUAUUGCCAAAGUUAAAGCAAAGUUCGACGAUCUAUUGGAAACAUCAAGGUAUACAAAAGCAUUAUCAGCACUCAACAAGGCAAAGAGGGAACAGGAUGAAGCGGUAAAACGUGAAACAGCAAAGCUACAGCUAGCAAAAGCUCAAGUUGUACAGGUGGCCGAUCUCAAGAAACAACUUAGUACAAAUCAUGACGCUAUAUCAAAAGCAAAAGCAAACAUCGCAGAAUUAGAAACUGAACUCAUCAAACUUAACGAAACGUCAAAAGCACUACGUGAGGAACAGGAAGCCACCUUAACAACGUUCAAAGAAAUCAGACGUACUAAUGAAAUCAUUGAAAGACUCACGAAGGAGAUAAACGCAAUGCAUCAAAAUAUGCCCGAAAUAUACAAUGAUGGACUAGAAGAUAUGCACCAUUAUCGAGAACAACUGACUAAAGAACUGGAGAUAUCCGAUGAAGCUUAUAAUAAGGCGGUACAAAAUGUAGAAACACUAAUGGACCGCAUGAAUGAAAUUCACCAGAAGCUCAAUAUCACAAAUGCCCAGAUGUCUAAUUGCAUGUUGAUUGCAGAAACUAUCAAAGCAACAACGGAAGCCCUGGAGUCGGCAAAAAUGGAUAUCAUGAGAGAAAUGAAACUACAGGAUGACUCCCAAUUCAAUGAAGAUACUGUACUCAUAUAUGUCGAACAAUUGGAAAAUGUACAAAACGAUAAUCCGAACAAUGAAUUGCUCAACGCACACAAAGAUGAAAUGGCGGCCUUGGAGAAUAACAUUUUGGAACUUACGACAAAAGAAGGUGCUCAAGAUGUUCUAACAGAAGCCAUAGAGACCGAAAAACAGGAUAUAAAACAACGAAUGAGAUCGCUUGAAAUCAUGCAAGCAACUCGAAAACAGAAAGAUGUGGCUAAACAAAGGGCAAUAGAAGAACUAUCACAAGGUCAGCAGCGAUUGCAAUCAUUGCUUAAGGAAAGAGAACGGUUAUCGAUUCUUGUGAAGAAACAAAAAAAUUCUAUCAACGUAGUAGAUGUAGCUGAUACACAGGAGUUGCAAUGUGCUAUCAAAUUCCUGGAAGCAGUCAUCAACAACGAUAUACAUCAGAUUGUGCAAUAUGUCAAGCAGGUUAUAGGCACCGAUGUCGAUGAAUAUAAUCUGGGAACGAAACUCAGAGAGUUUUUCGCUACAUACAUGAAUAAAGAGGCGGCACUUGAUGGCUACCUAAUAGCAAACAAUAUGAGAAAUGAAGAACAAUUUCAGCAGGACUGCGUCACAGCAAUAGUGCAGAUGAUAAAUCACGCACAAGAUUGGAAGAUGGAACAUCAUGAUGACCUCCGGCAACAUAAUUCGAACAUUGAACCAUACAAUCCGUUGCUAAAACUUGUUACAACAAUACGCAUAUCAGAGUAUAUAGCGUACUAUAAGACGUUGCUCAAACCAUAUAUGCCGAAGGAUUUGGAUUCACAUGUUUCCUGUGACGAAAUUAAAGAACAGCUGGAUUCAGUAGAUACUGAAAUCAUAAGCAUUGAAUCCAGAAUAACACACUGCAAGGCGCUUGUGUCACAAUUCGAUACAGAAAUAAUGCAGAUCGACUUUAACAUUCAGAAAAAUGGUGACCUGGAUGCUAAAUACGCGGACAUGGUCUCAAAAGGAAAAAAAUCGGAAGAGGAAAUACAGUCAAUACGCAAUGCACUGGAACAGUAUAAAUUGCAGCUCAAAUUAAAGCGAGAAGAAUAUGAAAAUUUGAGCGCCCAAGUAUCUGCAAUCAAUAAAGCUAACGUCAUAAAGGCAGCAAAACUCACAUCGCUGGUUGAACGAUAUCGUUUAAAUAAAGAGAAACUGGAAAAGGCGAAACACGAGCUGGAAACUUCAACAACAAGGGAUAACGACACUACGGACCUGCAGAUGGAGUUAAAAACUCUAAACGAAACCAUCAAUGCUAGCCGCGUGGAACAGAGGGGCCUUCUGCAAAACCUAAACAGCCAACGUACUCUACUAGACAGCCUUGAGAAAAACAUCACUUUAAAGAUGGCACAGCAGGAACUUCAGGAAGCAAGGAUACUACUAAACACUUUGCAAGAAAAAGUGGGUUCACGAACAGACGAAGACGUCGCGGCAAGGAUCAGAAAAACAAAUGAAAACUGUGGGCGUUUAAGCGUAGAAAUCGCUACUUUAAGGGGAUCUGUGAUCACCCGUGAAGAAAAUAUCGCAAAACUACAACAACUUAUCCACUCUGGCAGCUACAAAAAUGUUCAUCGGAAUUAUUCAGAUAUACUGCUAGCGCUUAAAUCACACAAUUUGGCCAGAGAGGACCUUGAGAUUUACACAAAAAAGCUCGAAAUAAAUCUACACAAAUUCCACUCGGAGAAGAUCGCUCAAAUAAAUACCGUUUUGAAACGUGUAUGGAGGGAGGUGUAUACGGGGAACAAUGUAGACUACAUAGAGAUUCAAUCAAAUGUUGAUGGAGUUGUCCCAAGCACGGGGCUAGCACCCAAGUCAUACAAUUACAGGAUGGUUAUGGUCACGCAUAACGGUGUGGAGAUGGAUAUGCGCGGUCGCUGUUCGGCCGGAGAACGUGUUCUAGCGUCCCUAAUACUGCGUAUAACUCUCUCGGAAUCGUUUUGUUCGAACUGCAACAUCCUAGCUCUGGAUGAACCAACUACAAACCUUGACAGGGACAACAUAGCGAGCCUGGAGGCUUCACUAGCUAAGUUGGUAAACGACUGUUCUAUCGAUUUCCAACUUGUGAUAAUCACGCACGACGAACCCUUUGCAAGGAAAAUGGCUCUGAAAUGCAGCUGUGAGAAAUAUUACAAGAUAACGAAGAAUGCCAAAAAUGAAUCAGUCAUCAGCGCCGUGCCUUUCAGCUCCGGGUCACUGACGUGA